GGGUAGGGGCCAGUUAUGACUCAGAGGGGGGAGCAGCCAUGACUCCUGUCAUGGAGGGCAACUGUCCUAGAUGGGGGGACUGAGGCAGGACCUCAGGGCCUGGGUGCUCUCAAGCCAUAAUGCUGGGGGACCUCAUGUCUCUUUUUAGGAGUCUCCACGGGAUGCUUGCUUCCUCAGGCACCAUAGGAGCAUUGAUGGCUUGGCUGAUCAGCUAUAAGCCAGCCUUGUUUGGCUUUCUAUUCCUUCUGCUGUUGCUUAGCAACUGGCUGGUCAAGCAUGAACUCAAACCUACUCCUCAAGAGCCCCAGCAGGAAGAGGCCGAGCAAUCCAAGACUUGCGAAGCCAAAACCAACGGCAAAUGCCUAAACACGAAAGAAGUGGAGAGACUGCAUGCCUGCUUUGCCCUCCAGGACAAGAUCCUUGAACGGCUUAUGUUCAGUGAAAUGAAACUGAAAGUCUUAGAAAAUCAGAUGUUCAUCGUAUGGAAUAGAAUGAAUCACCACAAGCAGUCAAGCCGACGGCGGACUUUUCCAGUAGGAAAACACAGAAUGCGGAGGCGGGAGUCUCUUUUCUCCAUCCUCUCUGAUUGCACUUCCAAUUCCCCCUAAUGAGGCCGCAGAGACUGCGGUGGGCUGGCCUCUUCUGAUGUUAUCUUUCCUCAGUAAAGCCCAGUCAGAGAUUA